AUGACAGCUAGCAAAAUGAGUGAGCGAAAAUUUACGAGAGGCUUGAGGAAACCAGGGAUGGCGGCACAGCUUCGCGAGACUGUUUCGCAGGCUGUUCGCGAGAGCACUGUUUUGAACAAGCCUCAGUUGGUUGACCCAAUAGAUUUUGAAACUUUCAUUUUAAAAAACAAGACACUUCUCCAAAACGAUCCUCAGCGAGAACUAUUACUUUAUCCUGCUGAUGAUGUGUCUCAAGUUGUGCUUCCUAGACGAUACAGGACAACUAACCAUAGUGUGCCUGUAAACUAUGAAACAUCAGAUUGCUGUUUGUUUACACGAGAAUGUUUGAAAAGUUAUACUUGUAACUGGAAUCUGAUCCAUUACAAAUACAGUGCAUAUUCUGGAACAUACCUUGAGUUACCUAAGAUUCUAAAAUCGGAGGAACUGAAAGAUGAGGUGUAUGAAGUGGAUACAGAUGCAGAUCAAAUUGAUGAGGAUUCAGCAUUAAAAGCAGAUGGCAUCACAAAACAGGGCUAUUUGAUGAAAGGCCCAGAAACAGGGAGUGAUCGCAUGUUUGUCAAUCUAGGAUCUAAAUCCUUCAAGCGACGUUACUGUUACUUGAGGCAAGAAGUUGAUGGGACAUAUAUUUUAGAACUGCACAAGGAUGAAAAGGAGACUGAAGCAAAAGCAACAAUUGUUAUGGAUUUUUGUACAGAAGUUGUUAGGAACACUAAACGAGGCCGGUUUUCCUUUGAAUUGCGCAUGACUGCUGGUCACAAAUCAUUUACCCUUGCUGCAGAAUCUGAGGCUGAAAUGCAAGACUGGAUUAAUAAGCUGAGUGCUGUCAUUCAGCAGAUAAAAAUACAGGAAGAAAAACGAGCGGCCUCAUUGGAGAGAGCAAAUAAUGCUCAGCCUCCUUCUCCACAACCAGUUCAAAUGUAUGGUACACUAAAAGGGCUGGAGCAGAGUAUGAACCCUCAACUGAUAAAAUAUUCUCGUGAAACUGAUGUAUCCAUAUCAUUGGCUAGAAAAGAAAAUAGGCGUCGAUUAUUUAGUAUUUAUCCACACAUAUUGCAUGUAAAGAAUAAUACUGAUAAUGCUGUUGAGCAAAAUAUCGAGCCAUAUAGAGAACAGUUUGGUCAACGUAUUUUAGUUACUUGUGAAAAUAUAAGAUUUCGGCUUCAAGCACCAAUUGAUGGAGAGAAGGAAGGCCUUUGCCAGGUGGAACCAUAUUUAACAACUUUAGCUUUGUUUGACACAAAACAAGGACAGACAAGGAAGCUUACUGAAAAUUUUCAUUUUGAUGUCAAUCAUCCUCAAGUACGACACAUGCUUCCUCCUUCUUACCAAAUGGCUAAUGGCAGGGAAUGUGCUGGAGAUAAUUUGUUGGCACCGGAGUUUCAACAAAUACCAAAUGAGUGGAUAAAGUAUCCAAGGCAGGCUAUAUUUAGUGUCAACAACCCUCACUCUGAAAUUUACUUGGUUGUGAGGAUCGACAAAAUACUUCAGGGAGGUAUAUGUCAAACAACGGAACCUUAUAUAAGGAGUACAAAGGAUCCUCGUCUUGGGCUUAAAAUUCAUAAACAAGUAAAAACAUGUAGUCAGAGGUUAGGAAAUUAUAGAAUGCCUUUUGCAUGGGCAGCACGACCACUAUUUCGGCUUUAUACUAACGAAUUAGACACAACCCCUGACUUCCCAGCUGUAUAUAGACAAGAAGGAAAUAAACUUACAGAUGAAGAAAUUUUGAAAGUGCUUGCAGAAUAUAGAAAACCAGACAAAAUGAGCCGUCUCACUGUAAUUCCUGGAUGGAUCACUGUAAAGGUGGAGCAGAUUACAGAGAUUCCUGACAAUACUCUAACAACAACACUUGCUCCCCUUAAGCCAUUUCCUCUCCCACCAACAAGUGAACCAACUCUAGAAGUAGUAGAGUUUGAGGGGAGUUCCGAGAAGGAUGUUCAUCCAUUUACAACAUUUGUAAAUCAUCUGUACAUUUACCCUAGAAGUCUGAAUUUUGAUAUGCAGAAGAAUUUUACGAGGGCAAGAAACAUUGCCUGUAGAGUUGAACUCAGGGAUUCUGAUGAAGAUGGUGCAGAACCUCUUUGUUGCAUAUAUGGGAGACCAGGAGGUUCAGUGUUUGUGCAGCAAGCUUCAUGUGCUGUCCUUCACCACAACACUUCUCCUUCUUGGUAUGAAGAAGUGAAAAUGAGACUGCCAAUACAACUACACUCCAAACACCAUCUACUCUUUACAUUUUUGCACAUAUCUUGUGAUUCAUCAAAGAAGAAGGACAGCUUAGUUGAGACUUGUGUGGGAUAUUCUUGGACUCCUUUACUUCAUAGAGGAAGGUUAAACGUUGAAGACCAAAUACUUCCAGUUGCAGUUAAUCUUCCUCCAGGCUAUUUAGCAGUGCAGCCACUGGGAUUGGGAAAAGGGUUUGCAGGCCCGGAAGUGAACUGGAUUGAUAAUCAAAAAUUUAUUUUUACUGUUGGUUUUCAACUAUACUCAACUGUCUUCACAAAAGACCAACAUCUCCAUAAUCUGUUUGCACAUACAGAAAAACUGUUGGAUGUAAAGCUACCCCAGUUAACUACUGAUUCAGAGACUUGUAAAGUUCUGAAGGCGGCACAUGCUAUUCAACUUACAGCUGCGAUAACUUUUCUUCCAACUCUUCUAAAUCAUCUGUUUACAUUGUUAGUAGUCUCAAGUUCUGAAGAAGUUGGAUUAAAUAUAAUAAGAGUCUUGAUUCAUAUUGUUCAUAUGAUACAUGAAGCUGGAAGAAAAGAUAUACUACAGUCAUAUGUGAAGUUUGUUUUUGUGCCUCCUACUGUGCAGUCAUCAACCACAGUCCAUGAAGAAAUGAGUAGACAUUUACCAACUCUUUUACGUCCUGCAAAUACAGAUUUCCUUGUUGUUAAUAAAUUUAUGCAUCAUUCAAGUUUCUUUUUUGAUGUGAUGGUGAAAAGUAUGGCACAAUAUUUGUUGACCACUGGCCGAAUAAAGAUGCAUCGAAAUGAAAGAUUUGCUUCCGAUUUCUUGUUCAGAAUACAGAAUCUGCUUCAAGUUCUGUGUCCUUACAUAAUACAAAAGUACAAAGAAAUGCCUAUAGAAACUCAAGAGCUAAAUUGCAGUAUUGCAAGUUUUCUCAAGAGAUGUCUAACAUUCAUGGACAGAGGCUAUGUGUUUAAACUCAUUAACUCGUACAUGGACAAGUUCAAUCCAGGAGAUCCAAAAACUCUUCAUGAGUGUAAAUUUGUUUUUUUGCAAAUUAUUUGCUCACAUGAACACUAUGUGGCCUUCAAUCUUCCAAUACGCCAUUCAAGAAUAGGACUUAAAGGAAGAUCAGACUAUGUUGAUGGCUUCUGUCUGUCAGAAGAAUUUUGCAAGCAACAUUUCCUAGUUGGUCUUCUGCUUCAGGAAGUGAGAACUUCACUAAAUGAAGUCUCUCAGAUUAGAAAAAUUGCUAUCUCCACUCUUCGAGACUUAUUAGCAAAACACGAACUUGAUGACAGAUAUCAAAAUAAGGGUCAAAUGGCACGUAUUGCUGGUAUCUACUUACCAUGGCUGAGUAUAGUGCUGGAGAAUCUCAACCGUUUAAAUGCAUCAUCAGAUGGAAGCAAACAUCUUGAUCCUUGUAACAAACAUAGUGCAGGCAGUCGAUUAUCAAGUAGUAGUUCCUUCUUGAAUUUUAAAGAUACAGCAUCAAUUGAUACUCCAAAGUCGUCACAUCGGUUCACUAUGCUUGUAGAUGGAAAUCCAUCAUUCAGGGCAUCAAUGCACGUCAGAGAUUCUUCAUAUUUAGCAGCUAUUGCUGGUCAAGGUAUGUUGAAUGGAUGCUCAUCUGUUAGUCUGGAGUCAGAGUCAUCCACAAUGUCUGCAGAUGGACAUUCAACCAUUUCUCAAGAGACCACUAUUAUCCGAGAACCUAGAGAUGAUGGUGUUAAUUUCAAGAGACAUUCAAGGUCUGUGAGUACCUCACAACCCAUUCGAUGUGACAAGCUGCAAGCAUCAGAAGUGAAAGAUAUUUUGCUGUGCUUCAUGUUUGUUGUAAAAUACUUGGGAGAUGAAUAUUUAGUGAACUGGUGGCAGCAGUGCUCUGAGACAGAUACACUCAGCUUCUUCAGGUGUAUUGAGAUGUGCUUGCAUCAGUUUAAAUAUAUUGGGAAACGUCAGAUUAUUGGAAGAGCAAGUGGCAAACCGGGAACAACUAAGGCGAUGACUUUACCAGCUCGAAUGCAACCUCCAGAUUUUUCUGGUGAUGGUGAAGCAUUUAAUACGCACAGUGGAAGCAGCAGUGUUGGAAGAGAGAAUAUGCAGCAGUUAGUGGCAGAAAAUGAUUCCAGUAAACUUUACCAAGCACUUUUGGAGGCAAACAUGGCAACUGAAGUUGGACUGAUUGCUUUGGAUGCUUUAGGACUAUAUUGCCUGCACUUUAAAGACAAUUUGCUGGAUACUGAGGGAGAUAAUGUUGUAAUGAAGAAGCUGUUUGAUAUUUAUCUGUCAUUCCUUCAAGUUGGUCAGUCAGAAACAUUGUUCCGGCAUGUUUUUGCAGCUUUGCGAGCAUAUAUAAACAAUUUCUCUGUCGCAUUAUUUAAAGGUGAUGCAGUCCUUUGUGGAAGACUAUGCUAUGAGCUGCUAAGGUGCUGUAAUAGCAGACUGUCAACAAUAAGACAAGAAUCCUGUGCCAUAUUGUAUCUUCUGAUGAGAAGUAAUUUUGAGUUCAGCAAUCGCAAAGGUCUUACAAGAGUCCACUUGCAGGUGAUAAUUUCUGUAUCGCAAAUGUUGGGAAAUGUCAUGGGUCUGAACAAUGCCCGUUUCCAAGAAUCACUUUCUCUUAUAAACAGUUAUGCAUCUAGUGACAAAGUAAUGAAGGGUACAGGUUUCCCUCUGGAAGUGAAAGACCUUACAAAGCGAAUUCGAACUGUGCUGAUGGCAACAGCACAAAUGAGGGAACAUCACCAAGAUCCAGAGAUGCUCGUUGAUUUACAGCACAGUCUUGCCAACUCUUAUGCAUCCACACCUCAGCUUAGACACACGUGGCUUGAAGCAAUGUCUCGCAACCAUGACAAAGAAGGCAACUAUUCAGAAGCUGCAUCAUGUCAGUUGCAUAUUGCUGCUCUCAUUGCUGAGUAUCUGAAAUUAAAAAACAUCCACAACUGGGGAGCAGAGGCAUUUGAAAAAAUUUCAUCCAACAUAGCUAAAGAUGAAAGAAGUCUGAAGUUGGAUGCAGGUGUCCAAGACAUCCAGUAUUCUGAAAUUAGUUUGUUAGAACAGUUGGAGAGAUGUGCUGACUUACUAGUGAAAGCUGAACGCUUUGAACUCCUGGGUGAUCUGUAUAGGCUGAUUAUACCAAUAUAUGAAGCAAAACGCAAUUAUGAAAUGCUGGCUCACUGCUAUCAAAACUUAAUGCAAGCAUAUAACAAAAUUGUAGAAGUAACACGAUCUGGAAAGCGUCUGUUGGGUCGUUACUAUAGAGUAGCCUUCUUUGGUCAGGCAUAUUUUGAAGAAGAGCAUGGAAAUGAGUAUAUAUAUAAGGAGCCAAAACUGACGUCUCUUUCUGAAAUAUCUGAAAGGCUUAAAAAGUUGUACAGUGACAAAUUUGGUCAUGAAGUUGUCAAAAUUAUAAUGGAUUCUGCUCCGAUAAAUGCCAGUUCCCUUGAUUCAAAAUAUGCUUACAUUCAAGUCACUCAUGUGACUCCUUAUUUUGAAAAAUGUGAAUUGGAAGAGCGGCAGACGGAAUUUGAGCAAUCACAUGACAUAAACACAUUUAUGUUUGAGACACCGUUCACGAAGGAUGGAAGAGUCCGUGGCAGCCCUGAAGAACAAUGGAAAAGAAGAACAAUACUCACAACUCAGUACUCAUUCCCGUAUGUGAAGAAAAGAAUAAUUGUAGAAAAAUAUUCUAUCCAAGAACUUAACCCUAUUGAAGUAGCCAUUGAUGAAAUGCAACAAAAAGUUGCAGAGCUAGAGGAAGUUGUGUUCACUAAACCCACAGAUGCAAAGAAACUGCAGCUUAGAUUGCAGGGAAGCAUAUGUGUACAAGUCAAUGCUGGACCACUAGCGUAUUCAUCAGCUUUCCUAGACCCUAGUGUGGACUCUCACUACCCUGGUGAAAAGGUGGAGGAACUGAAGGAUAUAUUCAGGGAUUUUGUAAAAAUAUGUUAUACAGCUCUCCAAAUAAACAGCAAAUUAAUUACCCAGGACCAGCUGCAAUAUCAAGAAGUGCUUCAGCAGAAUUACCAGAAGCUCUGCCAUAAUUUGUCAACUUUGUUGGUGUGGCCAACACAAAGCUGUGGAUUGUUUUUCUUGAGGUCACUGCUGGAUAAGGUUAAUUGUCCUUGCUGGUAAAGGAAAAUGACUUGAUGUGUUGCAGCACUGAUUAUAUUUUCUUGGAUAUUGUAUAUCCACAUUGUAAGUUUCUACUGUGUACUUAUUGUGUGAAUGUUUAAAAUGGAUUGUUAUUUUGGUAUUUGUGCCCUAUACUGUAUCAAUAGGGCAUUCAGGGUUACAAAAUCUCAUUCAUUCUUGCAAGUAAGAUUUUUUUUAAGGGUCAAUGAAAAUGAAAUUUCUAUUUCAUUUUGUAUCUGUUGAAUGAAACACAUUUUUAAAACAUUGGUCCUGAAGUAAAUUAAAAAUGGUAGGUCAGUCACACUGGGUUACAGAUGUAGGAGUUAAUGAUGUUACAAAGACUGAAUACAUUAUUUUCUGCUUUGUACUUAGUGAAUUAAUGAAGAGUUACUGUUAGUGUUACUGUUGAGAGGAGCACAAAUUGUAGAAGUUUUUGUAUGGAGGUAUAAAUUUUAUCACACAAAUAUAAAAAGGUGAAAGCUGGUAAUGUCAUGUGGUAAAACAAUGCAAAAUUUUUUCUUGAUCUUGUAUCUCAGGUGCACUGACUCUCUACUUAAGUGUUCUCAAGCACAUAGCCAUUUGUAGGACCGAUAUUGUUAAAGAGUGUUUCCUUGCAGAUGUAAAUAUGUAACUUUUACCUGCUGUGUGCGUGUAAGAAAAGUGUUGUGUGCAAUAAUGAAUCUCUUUGUAUGUCUGUGGCAAAUCUGUGGUAUACCUCUGUUAAUGUAAUCUACUUAUCUAAAUUGUGCUGUGAAUCAUAUGAGUUUCUGAAAGAUGCUCUGGAAACAUUUUAUUCUUGGACGAUUGUGGCAAAAGAUACAUAUAUUGUAUUUUACAGUUCAAGUGCAAUCACAUAAUUUAUUUACAAUUUAUUUUAA